AUGGACAGAGAUAAUGAUGGCUUCAGCGCGCAAGAUCUGGCACAUGACAUUGCGACGCGAAGUGAUGAGCUUCUGCAACAGAUGGGACAGCUGCGGAAGAAAUAUCACGCCGUCAGAGGCCCGCACCUUAACAUCCCUGGCCUGACCAUUUUGAUGGAUGGCGUCCGACAAGAAAGAAAGGCUGCACAAUCGUACUUGGACCAGCAGAUGAAUGGCCACGAAGCCUCGACCGACGGCUUAGUGGAAGCUCGACCUGCAGAGUCCCGUCUCCGCUUUACCAACGUGCCUGCUAUCGAGCGCAAUUGGGACAUUUUAAAGCGCUGUCAGGAUUUGGUCUCCAUCGAGCAAUCAAUACCAAAAACUCCAAAAGUGGAGGUCAAGGAGAAUGGCGGGCUCAUAGUCCACCGCAUCCGAAACGGUCAGGCUAGUCACGGUACGGGCAUGGUCUUUGUCCACGCUGUGAUUGACGGGGGAGCUGAAUGGCUUCGCAUUGUUAAUAAGGAUGAGAAAAGAGUACUCCUUGAGCUUGCUGCUGGCGGUUGGGACUGGGACUCCGAAGAAGAGGAUGCAGACCACGAGGACGACUCCGAACUAUUUGAGGAUAUCCCCAUUCUUCGUACUGCAAAAGAACUUGCAGAUACUGCACGCAAAUAUUGGCACGACUACCAUCGCCCGAGGAUUCGAAUCUUGCUGAACCGGAUCGAAGAAGGCCAGAGUAAGGAAAUGGACCGAGUCAUUCAGAAAAUGCGCAGUGUUAGCGGUGAUGAUAUUACCGUUACCGUCGACUGCGCAGACGCACCGUGGAUCUCGCCUCAAACCUCACCAGAUCUGGAUACGGCGCUCUCCAAGCUUGUGCCCAUUGAGGACAUGGACCGUUUUGGGUCGACGGUGAUACUAGACACAAGCGUCCUGAUUGCUCUGAUAUCGGACAUUUCCCACAAUACUGUGGAUGUACAGCCGUGGCAUAACCAAGACUGCAAGGCUCAGAUUCAGGAUGAAGCAAAUGGCAUCAAUUUUCUAACUGCACAAGCUUAUCCACCUCUUCGAGGAAAGCGGCUGGUAUGCACAAGGGAAGCAAUGGAGCAUUUCCGUGAAAUAACGUCCACUAUCGCAAGCCCCACGGAAUUGGAAAGAGCGCGUGUACUCUGUUCAGGAGGACCAAGAGACUUUCAGGAAUUGUCUAUUCAUCCUGUGCCAGACGAUUUCAUGUUGCCGGUGCAAGUCCUCUCGGAGGAGACUGAUCUACGCGCUAAAGAUCUUGUGCAAGCAGGCAAGCUUCCGGAGAUAGCAAUCAAGGCCGAAAAACAUCUCUUGAGUGUCCCCGGAAACCGAACAACGCAUCUCCUCGGAUGGUGCUCUGGCAUGACGGUUGUAACAAGCAACAGGUCGCUUGCGAAGAGACUAGUGCGGAUAAUCGAAAACAGCCUUGAAAGGGACUACGAAGACGGACCUAUGAUAUUUACUCUACCCUACAAUCGGGCUUUGGCAACCAAAGGCCCCAAAAAGGUUCGAUAG